AAAUGUUUGGACUUAUCGAAGGCUAUAGUUGUAACAGGGAUUGUGGUGACCAUGGAAAGUGUUAUAACUAUUUUGGUGAACAUUGUAGAUGUAACGGCGGAUAUACUGGUGACAGAUGUCAAUAUGUUGACCACUGCUACAACAAAUGUCAACACCGUGGACGAUGUCAGCGUACAGACACGAGCCCUUAUUUCAAAUGCACGUGCAACUAUGGAUAUCUCGGCGAACGUUGUGAACAGGAUCAUUGUGUGUCAUCACCGUGUAAAAAUGGCGGAACAUGUCACCGCGACUAUAAAGGCAUUUUCUACAGAUGCUCUUGUUUAAACGGAUAUAUUGGAGUAAAUUGUGAUGUUUCAGCUUGUACUUCGACACCGUGUCAAAAUGGCGGUAAAUGUUCAGUGAGUUAUAAUUCCCCAUACUACCAAUGCUCCUGCUCAAAUGGAUUCACAGGGAAUCAGUGUGAAAAUAACCCACCUACCACAGCACUUCCGGUGACGUCCGUGUCCGUUACUAUGGACGUAAAGACAACUCAGACAACCACCCAAACUACAUCUUCUACAGAACUUCUUACAACAUCACCAAAUAUCACGCUAUCGUGUUCAAAAUUUUCGUCUGUGUUUGAUCUGGCGGAGAAAGCCAUGGAGACAAAUGUAUUAGCCGUGGCAUGUCCUUCCGGUAACCAUACCUCGCCUGAAGCCUAUGUUCUCAAUAAUUGUGGCGUCCAGUAUUCGACAUACGCAUGGAAACAGGGCUACAAUGUGAGAACAUUGUGUAAGCAGAUCCCGCCUUACACCCCAGUAGCCACAUUUGAACAAGGCGCCUACGUGCCCUCAUCCAGCACUUCCGGUAUAUUUAUCGGAUGUUUGGUCGGAUCUACUGGUUUUACGAUUGCUAUACAGAGAUGUGAUCAGGUCCCACAGAUCGACCAUAUUGAUUUUAUCAACGGAACUACAGCAGGACAACAUGGCGACUUCUACACAAUCGAACUCUGAUAUUUAUUUAUAUACUAAUAUAUCAAUGUAUUAUGCUGUAAAUUAAUAUAUGUUAUUUAUUAUUUUUUAUGUUACCGUUAUAAGGUUCACUAAAAUAUCCGUCAGUUAAAAAGACAUGUUAAUUUCCGUUAAAACAUAUUGAGAGUUUAUUCCACCGUAAAGUCAGUUUGUGAGUUUUUCAAUUUUUGGAGUACAUUUCUAGAGCC